CUACCGAGACAAUGGGUCGGAAAGUGGGUGACCCGAAUGCGUAUUUUAUCGAAUUUGGCUUUAUUUCCAUGUUACGGACGUAAUUUUCGUACCCUAGGAAUGUUCAUCCCAUAAAUUCGUUGCCCCUUCGAUGAAGUACUACCUAAUAGCUAUUUAUAAGAGCAAAGUCAAUAAUCCCUAGCCAUACAGAACUGCUGGGGCAAUGGGUUUAAACAACUGGGUAAUCCCAAUGCAUAUUUGAUCAAAUUUGACUUUUUUACCGUGUUACAGACAUAAGUUGCUGCUUUAAUUAUGUAAUAAGUAUAUAUUUUCUUUACUAUCAUUCCUAGAUCCAGAUAUGGCUGAAAUGCUGAGAAAACUUUUCUUGAUGCCACUUGAGAAUGAAGUAGAAGAAGAAACAGAAAGUGCAGAAAAUCUUCAAAGAAAUCAAAAUAGAGUGGAUCAGUUGGAUUAUGUUCCAGACAGCUUUGAGAGCCAAACAAUUUCACAGAUUGUUGAAAGAAAUGAAGGAACAAGUGACAACCAAGACCAUGUUCCAGACUGAAGUAAGUGAAUUGAUACAAGAGGAAAUGGGCAGGCAGGCAAAAGUUUCCGAAAUAAAGAAAGCUUUAUCUUUUGUAAAAAGAAAGUAUUCAACUGAAUACAGGCCAGCCAUUUAUAGAACGCUCAGAGCAACUAUGGAACAAACUAAAGAGAAGCAACUACGGAGUUUGUUCGGAAACUACACCGACGCAUCAACAGCAGACAAAGAAGUUGUUGAUUACAGAAAACAAAUGGUGUUGAUAAUGAGAUUUCUUCAUAGAGAAAAUCCGCCAAAGGGAACCUUUUGGAGAAAGGUGGAAGAUUUACAUACUGAGAUUGAGGGAAAGGAAAAAGAAACACGCCUUUCCCUCUACCAAGGACUCUUGAGAAGGGAGGAAAGAGAACAAUAAAAAACUUGAAACACAUUGUUGUUGGACAAUUUGGAUUAAUGUUUUCUUAAGAUAUUUAAUCAUGUUCGUACUCAAAUGUGGACAGUUUUUAGGACCUUGCAUAGUCUUGAUGCAUAUAUACUGUACAAUAACAUCUGGUUAACACACCAAAUGGGUGAAAUCUCUUCGUUCUUACUGUGCUAUAAUCUGGAUAAUGCACAGCAAACGUGUGCAACUUUAACUACCUCAAACAGGGCGAGGGAUAAUAAGCUGCAGAUCAAUUGUUUAGAUGCGACAUGUCUUAAAAAUUAAUACAGUAGAAAAAAAUUAAAGGGGGAACGGGGGAAGUCAAAGAUUGAAAAGUAAAACAUUUUUUUUCUGUUUACUUAAUAUUUCAAAUAUUGGUAAAUUUCUCCUCGGUUCACUUCCUCUAAGCAUAUUAUUGAGGGAAAGAAAGUAAAUUAAUAUACUCAAUAACCCUUUCAGUUAUGAUUUUUCAUACAUCGAUUUAAAAGUACACAAAACGGAACUAAAACUGUAGGAGAUGUAGGUUGUACGUCAAUAAGUCAGCAAGCAAAUGACAAAAAAAAACCAAACUAAUGACUACCAGAGGACAACGUAUAGUAUUGUUUUCAACAACAGAUAGGCGUCCUACGUUGUUCGGGUUAUUUAGGGUCACCCGAGCCGUGCGGAUUAAAUGAUGUAUACAGACUUGCUUGGUUAAUAACUAUAAUAUGUAAUUAACUUGAAUAUCCUAGUUAAAAAUUGAUGUGCAUGUGCAAUAAACUAGCUAACAUUUCUUUUUAUUCAAAUUAGUAUAAACGAAUGAUGCCUUA